AUGGAGGACACCCUUCUGAAGCACAGAAUUGUAGAUUUCCGGGGCAAUAAAAAUGCGCUUGACUUGUGGAAAAAAUACGUAACUGAGGAGGUGCUACGGGAUCCCUCUCUGGGGAGGACGGGCAAAGGGCGCGCCAAAAGGGAAGCCAAACGGGUCGACACUUGGUUAAAAAUGUGCGGCCAAAAAGUGCACCACUGGAAAGAUCCAAAUUACUUUCCCGAAUGUCAAUCAGAGGAGGUACGACCGGAUGAUGGCAGACAGUGUGGUGAAGGCGAAGAGGGGAAGAACGACACGCUAAUGACGGAAAAGAACAAAUGCCGCAACAACAGGCCUGAUGACUUGGUAUACCCCCCUGAUCAAGGAAAGAAGAAAAAAAAGAAAAAAGAAGAAAAAGCGCUGUUAUUACGCGAGAAGAUGAACUACAUAGAGGGGUUCUUAAAGCAACUGGAAAAACUGGACCAAGACACGGAACAACAUUUUAAAAAGCACCAAAAUGAUAAAGGAGGAGAAACACAUGGACAGUGCAUAGUGACGUAUCAAAAUUAUGAAUGCCGAAAUGCAGACGUGACGUAUAAGGAGGAAGUGGAUUUUUUCAGAUUUUUUUACUCCUCUGUGUGCUUAAUAAAAGAGAAUAAAGCCCUCAUACCUAGGGGGAAUUAUUUGUACGAGUUGAUACAUCCACAAACGAGUUCCUCCUUUCCAGUCCCAAACAAAUUGAGCUACUAUUUUGUUAAAUUAUAUAUAAAUAAUAAAUGGCGUUUAGUUUUUGUGCACUUAACCCUGCCAUACGAUGAGAAGAAUCAAAUUUUGUCCUGCCAUUCUGUCGAUGAGAAAGAGUUAUGGUCACAUAUUCUUAUGGAAGCUUUGCUAACUUGCUUUAGAAUUUUUCACCUACCCGAUUAUCAUUAUUACCUUCUUGAGAUGUUAACGGGGCUGAAAUGUAUAAACAAGUCACACGACUUUAUCCCCUUCGGAAACCACCUACGGGCGGAAAAAUGUUUUUUCAUCCCCUGUGCGGUGCUCCUUGGAAGGGGAAGUGUCAAUUCUUGUGACCAUGCUGAGGUGGUUACUUCACCCCUCUACUUACAUGAUGAACAAAACGCUGACCAUUCGGAGGAAACAACCAACGAAGUGCACACUGGGAAGAGAAAGGAAGACACGAGAGCAAACCUAUGUGUUGUUCCAAAUAGCAGCUUCUCUUCCAGCGGAACCUUGAAGAGCUCCCCCCCUCAUGAGGAUCACCCGCCUGAGCGCUUCUUCUUCCUCAUCUGCUCAGUCGAAAAAGAUUAUAUAAAAAUAAAAUGCGAAAAUGUGAAGCCUCGCCAUUGUACACCCUACUCAGACUACCAACAGUCUGUGCUUAAAGCAAAGAAGGAUGUUUUCCCCAAAGGGUAUGCUUACAUCAACGAUAGGGGAAACAUCCGAAUUAAAGACACAGAAUUGGUUCCAGUAAAUACACAGACUCCCCCGAAUGGUAAUCCCGAACGGGGAAAUGAAGAAAACCAGGAGACAGAUAAAAGUCUGAACGCACGUGACAGAAGCAGGGAACCCCAAACAGACAGUUGCAAGGAUGCCAAUUGUGACACACAUGACAUUACCGUGAAUGAGGAUAACACACAACAGGUGCUCCAGCUAAUUAGGAAAAUUUUAGGAGACGGUAAGAAUAGCACCAAGCGUGGCAAAACGGUCAGCGAAGAAUCGGAUGGCAGACUCCCCCGAAUGGGUACCUCCAAGUCGGGCAAAAAGAACGCCCAGAAGGACCUCGACAAAUGGCUGGACGAAGGCGAACUGGAGAGACUUACCCAAACAAUCAACGUGAACUACACAUGCCAAUAUUUAAUAAAAACAAAUGGUAACUUCUUAGCCAAAGGGGAAACGAUUUUUUUCCUUGUGAACAGAAGCCACUUCGAAGUUGUGUCCACCAACAGGUAUGCUAAAAAUAGGACUGCUAAAAUGGAGGGGACUCAAAAAAAUCAUAAUAAGGCCAAACUGAAGAAUAAAGACAGCAAUCGUGACGCUGUGUCAAGUGCUUCUAACGCCACACAGGAGGAGAACUUCCCAUACCUUUUUCUCAUUUGUUCUGUCUGCAUCAAUCGGGGAGGAAGCAACUUUGAAAUGUCACCCCUUUUGGGCGAUUUUAAAACGCAAAAUGGGCCAAGUGGCAGCAAUCAUACCAAUUCGAAUGAUGCACUUGUAGGGCGAAGUGAGGAAGCUUCAUCUGACGGGCUGCACGAAUUUUGUUUUUCUUUUUUUUCCUGCAAAGUUGGAAGGAGGAAAAGGUGCAAGGAAAAACGGCCUACCUUCACCCACGCUGACAACCACCAAGGGGGACUUCUCACCUUUUUGACAUCAAAACUGGGCAAUGUCCCAGAAGGAGUUGUCACGAAUCCAAAUAGCUGCUGUGGUGAUGAUAACUCCGGUCUGCACUCAGAGGAAAAACACGCGGUGCUCUCCCCCAGGGACAUCCUAAAUUGCGAGUGCUUCGUCAGGAAAAUAGGCGAAGAGAGGCUCACACGAAAUGAGGAUGCAAAAGGGGGGGAUAAAACGGACAGGAAAAGCAACCCCACCCGCGUCCUAUCUCCAAACCUUUUUCUAAACAAUAGUGGACACGAUAAAUGGAGGGACUACCACUUUGAUGAAGAAAUUUGCAAAAGGAAUAUACACCUAAGGGGGAACAUGGAACAUUUCUUCCUUGUGUAUGUGAAGCGCAGCAGGAGGGGCGACUUUUCCGUGGAAUGGCUCGAGGGGAACAAAAAAAACAAAACAAAAGAUGGGGGAACCUCAAAACAGGUAAAAAAAUCGGAUGACACACAACAUGGAAACAAUUCGCUCCAUUCAGCAAGUGAAGAAAAACUGAUUAGCUGCUCCUUCAUGACUGUAGAAGAAUAUCUUGAAAAAAAAUUAAAAAUGAAAAUGGCGUUUUUAAGGAAGACACUGAAUAUAGGGGAGGAAUGCCCGAUGAAGGUGCUGCUAAAAUAUACAGUGACAGUCCCUCAAGUGAGGAACAUACCUGCACAAUUUUUUUACCUAAUUCAGAAGGCGAAUGAGUUAAGGGUUAUGCCCCAUUUAGACCUGUACAUUUGUAACGUAACAAAAUGGAAGGGAAUCUCUGAUGUGCAAAAUGCAAAGGGAAGAAAAAAAAAAAAAAAAAAAAAAUCAGAAAAAUCGGGAAAAAAUGAGAACAAUACAGAGCAGGAAGAUGAAGACGAAGACGACGAAGAAGAUGAUUCCCACAAUGGAAUGAAAAAUAUUUUUUACAAAAUUUCGAUGGAAAAUUUUAUUCAGAAAAUUUGCAUUCCUCCAUAUGAUAAUGAUGAAGUUGAGGGUAAGGACGAAUGCACCUACCUCUUUCUAGUCGUGUCAAAAAAGGUGGAGAGGCUAAUCGGAAAGGACCUCCAUUUUGAGGUAGCCAUUGCUUCCCCGUCUAGCGAGAAAGACACUUCCUCGGAAGAACACACGAAGAGAAAAAAGACAAACAUACGGGUUAGCGAAGUUUCGUCCUUCUGCAAAAGUUAUGCCUUCAACGACAAAGGUGAACAUAUUGACCUGGGCGUAAAGAAUGGCUGCCACAAGGAGAACACCUCAGAAAGGAUUGAUCCAAAGAAUGAUAACCCCACAGUGGCGGAAAACUACAACGAAUCGCCCCCGGUUGAAGAAAAAAAAAACAACCAAACGAAAGUUGGGAUAGACGACACUCUCCACCUCAACACCUACAAUUGCCAAAAGAAAAUAAAACGAUUUAAGGUAAUAAAAAAAAUCACCAUCAAUAGUAAGAGUGAGAGAACAUGGGGUUCCAUUUACGUGGAUCUGAGGAACCCACAUUUAUUCAAAAAUUUUGUCGUCAAAAUAAUAAAAGUAAAGCGGAAGAAAAUCACCCAUGAGAAAUGUGCCAACUUGAAUUUUAUUACAAGCAACUGGGGAAGAGAAAUUAUACUAAAGAGAAGAAGGAAGAAAAACGUCUUUUUCAAACACGUAGAAUUGACCACCAGCGAUUCGUACCUCCUUCAGGUGGAGGUAAAUAUGCUUAGCGACACUGCCCAGAAGGGGUUGAGUCAGAACAGCUCACCAGUUUGUCUACCUCAAAGGGGAAACAACAUAAGUGAAGCACCCUCAAAAAAUUAUUCACAUAAUCAUCCAAAUAUCCUUUUAAACGUUUUGUUAAACUUCUCUGAUGAUGUUUCCCUAGAGGAAGACACCUCCAACGAGGACGUAGAAAACGAAAUGAAAAAAUUCUUUGACUUUGGUAAAAUAAAUUUGGAGAAUCUAACAUUGGCUGGCCAGUCUAAACAUAUGGACAAUAUUUUUUCGCUAAAAAAUGACCUACUACUUCGCUAUCGGGGCAAUUACGACCAUAUUUUUAGGCACCUCUCAAAGGCGUGUAGCGGUGACAUCCCCGGCGCCUUACCUUUGGGGGAGAACUCUCACAUGUGUUAUAGGAAAAGCAACAAAUGCACUAAGGGAACAUACAGUUCGGUUAGCCCCCUCAGUAAUAACAACUAUGAUGACCUCCUAUGCACCAACAAAGCGGGUGAAAGCACCGACCUAGAACCAUCCAUGAGCAAUGAACACUUUUUUCAAGGUCUGUCCUCCGUUUUAAGUUUAUCCAAAGAGACAUUAGCCUAUGUGGAGUCAAAACUUCUUCACCCAGGAAACGACAGGGUUGGAAGGAGCGACUUCGCACAGAUGCUCCAGGCCGUGGGGAGUGAAACCCGUUACCUCAACUUUGCUGCGCCCGAAAACGGGGACAAACUAGACAAGUUUGACAAGUACCCAUUCGCCAAGCUGCUGGAUAUCCCCCCGAACACAGAAAAGGAAGAAAGAAAGCGCAAGGCGGAUGACCCCACGAGCAAAGAGUUUGAAGCCUCCUUCGAUAGUUUCCUUUCCCUUUCCACGGACGCAAAGAAAACCAUCGAUGAUGUGAAGGCCACCUACAAUUUAAAAAACAAAGUAGACAUUUUUAAAAUAAAAAUGGAUGCAGAAUUACAACUUCGGGAAAAUACCUUCCAUUCUCUUGGGGGUAAAAUUGGAAGUAGAACCAGGUCCUUUGUUAAAAAGAAUUGUGCCCUUACAGAUAUGACAAAAAAUGGUGCAUAUGACCACAGGGGGAGUGAAAAAGUAACAGGCGGUCUCACCAACGGAGGGGGAAACGUUCCAGAGGAAGACCCCAUCCCAAGCUGCGAUGAAAACCAAACGGAUCAUCAUCAUAAUGAGGGAAAAUUCUACCUUCAACGCAAAAUAGACCCCCCAAUUGAAAACCUGCAGGAUCUCAUAAACGCCAUCAAAAAAGUAAAUACGUCCUACAUUCAGCUAAGUGAUACAAAAAAUAUGAAAAUGGAAAACACCAAAAUGAUGAGAGAAAGAAAAGCCUUCAUCGAAAAUGUAAAAAACAGCGUAAAGACAAAGCGCUUUAAAAACCACCCUACAGAGGAACUGAAAAAUAUUUAUCAAAAAGGAACUGAACUAAAAUUACAUAUUUACAACCCCGAUCUGAUGAGGUACAUCAAGACGCACUACCUCCUUCUAGACAGACUAAAUCACAUGAAGGCUCUUCUUAACACCUCUAAAUUUAAGAAAGUAAAAAUGACCACCAAUGAGAAGGAAACAUUCAACGUAGAAGAAGCAGUGACAGAUAAAAACCUAUUCAUGCAACUAUUCCAUAAGUGCUCAGAUGUGAUUAAAACGGAUACACAUCUUCAAUUGAGUGAUUCCUAUAAGAACCUAUUUAAAGACGCUCAACAAAUUUUUAAUAAAAUGGUAGAAGAUACGCAGAAGGAAAGGGAAGAAGCUGCAUAG